GUGGCAGUUUCUGACCAGGAUGUGUCUGUGUUUGCAGGUGUCCAGUGUGAGGUGCAGCUGGUGGAGUCUGGGGGAGGCUUGGUCCAGCCUGGGGGGUCCCUGAGACUCUCCUGUGCAGCCUCCGGAUUCACCUUCAGCAGCUAUGCCAUGAGCUGGGUCCGCCAGGCUCCAGGGAAGGGGCUGGAGUGGGUGGCAGUUAUAUGGUAUGAUGGAAGUAAGCAAUACUACGCAGACGCCGUGAAGGGCCGAUUCACCAUCUCCAGAGACAACGGCAAGAACACGCUGUCUCUGCAAAUGAACAGUCUGAGAGCCGAGGACACGGCCCUGUACUACUGUGCGAGAGACACAGUGAGGGGACAUCAGUGUGAGCCCAGACACAAACCUCCUGCGGGGACGCGCGGGGCCGCCAGGGGGCGCCCAAGACACGGGAGCAGAGUCAGCCCAGAGGACAAUAAUGGUUCUAUUUUUCACAUCUUCGUCUUCUCCUUCUUCUCCAAGAAAAUGGAGGGUGUGGUCUCCGUGCCUAAAUCCCGGGGCUCAGGCCCUUUACCUGGAGCUCGGGUGUGGCCCAGGCUGUGGCUCCUGUGGGACCGGGGAAACAUUGAUGGGACUGUGUCACCCACCACUGCUGGGACCCUCCUGCUGUCACCUGGGCCUGGACUCACGUUGGAAAUGCAAGUGGCCAUUAGUAGCUGA